AAUUUUUCUUCUUGCCAAUGAGAAAAGGGAGGAACCGGAUUUUUUAAAGAAGAACUCCGCCACCGUCUUCUUCCCAGCUCUCCCACUUCCCACCAAUUAACUAUAAAUUUCCUCCAGCCGAAGACUCCCAAUCAUCAUGCACAUCGCCGGCGAUCACAAUGGCGGUCGGCGAGUCAUCGGGAAGCGCUCUCCACAGGGCGCUCGUGGACCGGUGCCUGAGCCUGGAAGCGAGCCACUCGAGGCUGAAACAGGAGCUGUUCCAUCUUCUGGAGGAGGACAAGUCGAGACGGAGGGACGACGACUCCAGAUCAGGCGGUACCUUGGCGACGAAUGACAAUCGUUCGGCGGAGUUGACGUCAUUGACCGGAAUGGUUACGACAUUUUCCGGCCGGUCUUUCUUUCCCGGGUACUUCGUGGAGGGGACUCCUUACCGCGGGGUGCUCGAGUCCAUGGGGCACGCUCUUCAUGUAUGCAGCGCUUCAUCUGGACAGAUCGUCUACUGGAAUCGUGCUGCUGAAAUGCUGUACGGGUGGCAAGAACACGAGGUCAUCGGCCGGAGCAUGGCCGAGCUACUUGUGGCUGAAGGGAACCAUGCGUCCCUUGGCAAGAUCUUGGAGCUUUUGAGUUUUGGGCGGUCGUGGUCUGGGCAAUUCCCUCUUAGGAAGAGGUCGGGAGAGAUUUUUAUGGCAUUGGUCACCAAAAGCCCAAUGUACAAUGACAAUCAGCUCGCCGGGAUCAUCACGGUUUCAAGUGAUGCGGCGGUCUUCAACAAGCACAAUUUAGAGAACCUCAGCAAUGUUACAAUUAAAGACACCAACUUCAGGAGGAUUCAGUGGCACCAACGCCCAGCCAUUGCAUCGCUUCAAAGUUUUUGCCUAGAAAGAGCGAUGAUGAUGGUAAUUAUGAUGGCCAUUGGGGUUCCUGGGCUGAUACACAACCUGCAGCCAUUGUCGAAGACCAUCACUUUGGUUCACUAGACCCAAGAGCAAGUAGUAAUACCUGUCGUCAGAACGAGAAGAAUGGCACCAACCGGAGUCGUCAUCCAAAAAUUUUGCUGCAGGCAGCUAAAAAGUUGGCAAGUUUGCGCAUUGGAGGGUUCAAUGAUAGUAGUAAAAAUGACGAAGAGAACGGUCAACGUUAUAAUGGUGGUGGUAGUUCCGUUAACAAUGGGGCUUUCAAAAACACUAAUCAUCAUCGAGGAUCAAAAGCAUCGGUAUAUGAUCACUGCUCUGUCAAUGGCAAGGCUGAAGCAAAGAGUCCUCCUAAACACGAAGGAAACUCUUUGGUCCCUAUUAGGAAUUUUUAUAAUAAUUAUGGACGGAGCAACCGAUAUCCUUCUGAAGAGAUGUGUGUGUCAACCGCUGCGGAGGAAGGAAAUCAAUUCCAGAAGCUGAAUGAUGCAAAGGAGCAGACAGAGGUAGACCGGGAACCCUUGGAAACUGAAGAAGAUGAAAGAGGCCGAGGAUCAAACGGGAAGCAGGUCUCUUGUGUUGUGGGGAGCAAUGGCAUUCGUGGAAGGUCCUCGAGUAAGGGCGAUAAUGAUUCGAGUUCAAAGGUAGAUUGCGAGAUUAAAUGGGAGAACCUUCAAUUAGCAGAGGAGGUUGGGCAAGGUGCUUUUGCCGCUGUCUAUCGAGCAAUCUGGAAUGAAUCGGAUGUCGCUGUCAAGGUUUAUUUUGCUAGCGAUUACAGAGAAGAAACAUUGCAUGAGUACACGAAAGAGAUUGAGAUAAUGAAGAGGCUUCGACACCCAAACGUGUUGCUUUUCAUGGGUGCUGUGUAUUCACCACAACGACUGGCCUUAGUCACAGAGUUCUUGCCAAGGGGAAGCCUUUUCAAGACACUUCACAGAAACAACCAGACUCUGGAUAUCAAAAGGCGGCUCAAGAUGGCUCUUGACGUUGCUAAAGGGAUGAAUUACUUGCAUCAUAGAAACCCACCAAUUGUGCAUAGAGAUCUAAAAUCUUCCAACUUGCUUGUUGACAAAAAUUGGAAUGUAAAGGUUGGGGACUUUGGCCUGUCGAGGUGGAAGCAUGCAACCUUCUUGUCUGCAAAGUCAGGAAUAGGAACGCCUCAGUGGAUGGCACCUGAAGUCCUCCGCAACGAUCCUUCGAACGAGAAGUCCGACGUCUACAGUUUCGGGGUCAUCUUGUGGGAGCUAAUGACAGUCUCCAUCCCAUGGGAUAAACUCAACUCCUUGCAGGUCUCUACUCACUCGCUCUCUUAUCCGACUAGACCCAAUUUUCAUUUAGAGGCUUGGCUUUAGUGGUUUGGUUUCUGUGCUGUCACUGUUGGCGCAGGUGGUUGGAGUGGUAGGCUUCAUGGACAGAAGACUGGAACUGCCUGAAGGUCUGGAUCCCAGGAUAGCUUCCAUUAUCCAAAACUGUUGGAAGAGUGAUCCGCAGCAACGGCCGUCGUUCCAAGACCUCAUUCGCCAAAUGACGAGCAUAAGUCAUCGGGCUGUGGCAGCUCAAGUUCAGAGAGCAGCUACUGAGACGUAAGGUCAAUUUAGUUGCACGCCUGGGGACUUCAUGUACGAGGAACCGGGUGUAUGUGCAGGCGAAGGGGUCACAUCUCACAUGGCGGGCUAUGAGAAGGACAUGAAUGUUUAUCUUACUUGUCGAAGAGUACGUUGGAUGAAUCGGCGCCGGCGGUUUAGGAGAGAAUGAAUGUCGCCGCUCCAAGCUCCUCCAUGGCGGUGAGGGAGAAGAGGUCUUUCUUUUUGUUUGUUUUCCCUUCUGCAAGUUGUAACUUGUAACAAGAGAAAAGACGGCUAAUAAGAAAUGGCGGAUCGCGAUAUGUGUUCUGUAAUUGUGUACUGAGAACGUUGAAUCGUAAGCAGAAGUUCAGUGGCAAAAUGGGCUUUGGCAUUUGGAUAAGGGUGCUUGGGCCGGAAACAUGAAACGUAACAGUGCAUGACAUUUUUCUUCUCAUUUCAUCAAAAUAUCGUUGUUGAGCCUGAUAAAAUAAAGAAAAAGAGAAAAUAUAGAUAGUGAA